CCUCGUGCUCUCUCCGCCAUCUUGCCUCUUUCCUCCCACAACGCACAGCAUCACUAAGGCAGCCACGAAGGACAAUGGCGAACGUUGCAGCCGAACAUUUCCUUGCUGAUCGAGCUGCACCCUUGUGUAGUCUCGACGUAGCCAAGUCGUUCUCGCAAUUGACGUCAAAGGAGAAGAAGUAUGUGCACUACAUUGGGCAGGCAAGCUGGGCGGGAGCACGGAUCAUUCAGGGUCAAUGGACGCCUCAGGCGCAGAAGCUCAAUGACCUGUUGAUCCUCAUCUUCAGCGACAAGGGCCACUUGGCCGACCUUGGAGGCUUGAAGCAGAGAUCCGGACUCAAUCCCGAGGAAUGGGACACUCUCGUGCAAUAUACAACCCAGGUCUUGAGCAACCUGGCGAACUACAAGAGCUUCGGAUUUACCAAAAUUAUCCCUCGUCUCUCCGAGGACAAGUUUGCUGCGGUAGUCGCAAAGUCUCCGAAUGCCUCCAAAACCCUACCGCUUUGGGAAGAACUCAAAGAACACAUCUAUCAGCUUGUCCCUGAGUCUAGCAACUUUAUUGGCAAGCGCCAUCUUGGGCAGGUCUCUAACUACUAUCUUGGAUACCCGAUCCUGGAUGACGAGGUCGCUGCCGUCCAAGCCGCUGCCGAGAAGAUCGGAAUUGAUGUCCUCAACACUCGUGUCCGGAAGGACGGCCCAAAUAGCUUUGCUCUCUUGGUUGCCUCCGCUCAACCUCAACCCUCUUCCCUGCACGAAAUUGAGGUUCUGGGCAAGGGCGGUAAGCUGACUGUGGAGUAUGGCGAUUUUGCAGAACCAUUGCAAAAAGCGGUGGCCGCUCUGAAGGAGGCCAAGAAAUACACCGCUAAUGAGCAUCAGACCGCUAUGAUAGAAGGCUACGUUGAAUCGUUCGAGACAGGAUCCAUUGAGGCUCACAAGAAAGGCUCGACGGAGUGGGUCAAGGACGUCGGCCCCGUCGUAGAGAGCUACUUAGGCUUUAUCGAGACUUAUGUUGAUCCCUACGGCGGUCGCGCGGAGUGGGAAGGCUUUACCGCUAUUGUGAACAAGACUUUGAGCGCCAAGUACGACACUCUUGUCAGCAGCGCGCCUGAAUUGCUCAAGGUCCUGCCAUGGGGCAAGGACUUUGAGGUCGACAAGUUCCGAAAGCCGGACUUCACAGCGCUGGAGAUUGUCACGUUUGCCACAGGAGGUAUUCCCGCCGGUAUCAAUAUUCCCAACUAUUACGAGAUACGGGAGUCCGUUGGCUUCAAGAACGUGUCUCUUGUGAAUAUCCUUGCAGCCAAGGCUCCCAACGAGGAGCUCACGCUCAUCCACCCUGAUGACGUCGACCUGUACAACGCAUGGGACUCGCGUGCAUUCGAGCUACAGGUCGCAAACCACGAGCUGCUUGGGCACGGAAGCGGCAAGCUCUUCCAGGAAAACGCUGAUGGCACGAAAAACUUCGACCCGGAGAAGGUUAUCAACCCGCUCACCGGUAAGCCGAUCACAUCGUGGUACAAGCCCGGACAAACCUCGGGGUCUGUUCUUGGCGAGGUUUCAUCUUCGAUGGAGGAGUGUCGUGCAGAGACCGUCGCGCUUUACCUCGUCGGCAAUCGGGACAUCCUCAAGAUUUUCAACUACGUGGAUGAGAAGGAUGUAGAGGACGUUCAAUAUGUGACCUUCCUCCUCAUGGCGAGAGCCGGUCUACGCGCUUUGGAGUUCUAUGACCCCGCAACCAAGAAGCAUGGUCAGGCACAUAUGCAGGCUCGCCUUGGAAUCACGCAGUUCCUGAUCAAAUCUGGCAUCGCACGCCUCGAGGAGGUCCGCGGUGCUGAUGGUUCAUUGGAAAACCUCUACAUCCGUGUCGACAAGGAGAAGGUUCUCUCGCAGGGCCGCGAAGUGGCGGGCAGGCUCCUUGUGGAGCUUCAGGUGCGCAAGAGCACAGCGGAUGGCCCGGGGGCGCGAGCGUACUAUACAGAACUCACAACUCCUCUUCCUGGGUGGGAAGGUGAGAUCCGCGACCUGGUGCUCAAGAAGAAGCUGCCCCGCAAGAUCUUCGUGCAGCCAAAUACAUUCAUCGACAACGACGAAGUAGUACUCAAAGAAUAUCCUCUGACGCCUGCUGGGGUCAUCGAGAGCUUCAUCGAGCGGCAGUUGUAAAAAGGCUGAAUUGACGGUUAUGGCACCAGAGACAUGUUUGUCGCAGAAAACAUCAUGUAUUUGUAUCUUUGACGAUGUCAAGUUAUCGGGCAACACGCAUUUUCGCAUCAA